GAGUCAGUUGUCAACAGGCUAAGCAAGACACCGAACAUAGUUGGGCAACAACUGAUAACACGCAUUUGUACACAUCAUUGUGGUGCGGAAAGAAAUUUGAUUAUUUUACGGACAGUCAGUUUUGCAAGACGUUUGUGAGGAAAAUGAAGUUGCUUUUUCACGAAGCCGCCUGAGAAUCAUGAACAUAUGAAACUUGACUCUGCAGUGGGCCGAUGUACGUCCCCUGCUGGAUUGAAUGGCAAUGAGAAUACAAGACUGAGUGGGAGUACUGCAAUGACUAGCCAGCACCCUAGCCAUGCAGAAAGCGCUUACUUCAGAGACAAACAGCCACCUGCUUUGGCCCCUAAACUCCAUGUCCAUCGAUCAGAGUCAAAUGAGACCCUUACUAUCCAUUUCUCAGCUCUUGGGAAGGAGGAAGAGGAGGAGGAGGAAGAGCUGUACACAACAUCAGUCUCCUCCAAAUCUACCACUCAGGAUGAAUUAAAUAUUGUGACAGGCGUUGAGGCUAGUGAGGAGAUGUUUGAAGCACAGCAAUCGGAGCAUUCAGAUGAUCUGGCUCCCACACCCCAAUCUAUCAGACUUUCUCCACUUUCUACUUGUCACACAACUUCAUUGCCAGAUUUUGUCGAGCAGAAAGGCACAAGUUCCAAUCCAUCCCCCACAAAAUCUUUGAGCUUUCCGUCAGCUGACAAGUCCUUUCUAACUUUGAUGAAAUCUUUUGCCUCUGACAUUGAGACUAAAGAUGGAGUCUCUUCUAUUACCGCUCCCACAACAAGGCAUAGGCAUCUGAUGAAAUCUCUGGUUAAAUCGUUAUCAUCUGACACCUCUCAGGAUUCCUCACCCUAUCGUCUUUCAGAGUCCCGCCUUAAUCUGCAACUCUUCAAACAAUUCACUCAGUCCCGGAUGCAGAAUACUAGUACAUCAACAACUGGUGAUUCAAAAACAGCCCCUUCUUCUCCACUAAUCUCACCAGAUAACCGCAGCUUCUUCAAAGUCUCAGAGGUUGAAGCACGAAUUGAAGACACUAAACGUCGUCUCUCAGAGGCCAUCUAUGAACCACUUCAGCUCCUGAGUAAGAUCAUCGAUGAAAAGAGCAGCAGCAGCCUUAGUCGACCAAAGGCUCUAUCUGCCAGUGCAUCCGAACUCUACAACCUGACUUCCGUCAGUGGCCACCUUGACAGCAACAACGACUGCAUCAAAGAGGAAGAAGGCAAUGAAUUGGAAGGGGAAAGCCCAAGCACUGGGAACUCUGGUCCAGCAGAUUCUCAUGUGGCACCUUUUGACAUGAAGAGCCCCAACAAAUCAUUCUCAUUCCCAAUAUAUUUGGACAAGUGCUCCAUGUCUGCUCUUGCAAAACAGGAGGAUGAGGACUUUUGCAUUUUGUACAGCGAGGACUUUGAAUCUUGUACUGACACUGAUGUUGACGUUGGUACUGGAACUGGUAGGCAGUCUCAACUGCCUUUAAGUGGUAAUACUGAACCUUGCAGCGAGGAUGAAUCUGAAGAUGCUGAGCCCACACCUAGUGUUCCUCACUAUACCCUUUUCAUUCUUACUAUUCUGGUCUAUGGGUGUUUUAUAUUGCCUUUGCCGGACUACGUCAGAGGAAUGCUGCUUGCCGUGGCAUUAGGAUUCUUUGUCGCAAUAGGAGUUGUGUGGCUGACUGGACCAAAACCUGACAGACGCUUCAGAGAUUCCAAACUCCAUGGAAAAUUGUGGAAUCUUACACGAUUAGACAUUAAUGAACCAGAAAUCUUUAAGGGCUGGAUGAAUGAAAUAACAAAUUAUGACCCAGAAACCUACCAUGCCACAUUGACACACUCUGUGUUUGUCCGCUUGGAGGGCUCCAUCAUCCGUCUGUCUAAACCAAACCACAAUAUUGCCCGACGUGCCAUUCAUAGUGAACCAAAACCGGAUGUAACCUACAUCAGCCAGAAGAUCUAUGAUCUAACAAACAGCAAAGUACAUCUAGUGCCUCGGAGCCUGGCCAGGAAACGGAUAUGGAACAAAAAAUAUCCCAUCUGUAUUGAACUCGGCAAACAGGAUGAUUUCAUAUCUAAGGUGGAAGGUGACACCAGUGAGAGCAGAGGAGAGGGAACAGGAGGAACUCAAGAGUCAGCCCGGUCAAUGUCCUCCAGUAGAGAGCUUACUCUCUAUCUGUUUGGAAGGACUGGGAGGGAGAAAGAGGAGUGGUUCCAGAGGUUUAUAUCAGCUUCUAUGCUUAAGGUGGAUUUGAAAAAAGCUGCAAGUCCUGCAAGAUCCAGAACUGCACUGAACUCUCACAGUCGAAGUAGUAGCCGCAGCAGUCUGGAUGAUGCCCUGGCAUCACAACCCAAGACAAAAGAUUGCCCAACAGCAGGCAGUGCCAAAACCCAGCUGUUGGACUACAGUGUCUACAUGGCUUCAUUAUUGCCAAAAAAGGUUGCACUCAGCUCCCCUGCUACCAGCUCCGAGCUCCACUGUCCCCAGAGCAGCCCAGGAGCUGACAAGAAGCUUCAGAGCCCCACCUUAGUACAGGAGCAGCUCAAGGAGGAGGGGGAGGAUCCUGUUGCCUGGGUGAAUGCAGCUGUUGGCCGACUCUUCUGGGAUUUUCUACGGGAGCCUUAUUGGGCUGAACUUGUCUCCAAGAAGAUUCAAAUGAAACUCAGCAAGAUACGGUUGCCAUACUUCAUGAAUGAGCUAACCCUGACAGAACUAGAUAUGGGUGUGGCCACACCAAGGAUCCUUGGAGCGUCCAGUCCUUCCAUCGACUAUAAAGGUCUGUGGUUUGACUUGAACAUUUCCUACAGUGGGUCCUUCCUGAUGACCCUUGAAACUAAGAUGAACCUGAUUCGCUUGGGCAAGGAAGGAGAAAGCCUCCGUUUAGGAGAAGAUGGAUCCAGACCCCGAACUUACUGCCUGGCUGACAGUGAUGAGGAGUCUUCCAGUGCAGGCUCAUCGGAUGAAGAAGAUGCGUCUGAUCAGUCAAAUGAAGUCCCUGGAGCUGAAGGAUAUACUUUUGUUGGAGGCCACAAACCCAGCAAGAUCAUGCGCUUUGUCGACAAGAUCACUAAGUCCAAAUACUUCCAGAAAGCCACAGAGACAGAGUUCAUCAAAAAGAAGAUGGAGGAGGUAUCCAACACCCCUCUCCUUCUCACAGUGGAGUUGCAGAAACUCCAAGGAACUCUUGCAGUCAACAUACCUCCCCCGCCCACUGACAGGAUUUGGUAUGGCUUUAGGAAGCCCCCUCACUUGGAACUGAAGGCACGACCUAAACUGGGAGAAAGAGAAGUUACUCUGGCUCAUGUCACCGACUGGAUUGAGAAAAAACUGGAGCAGGAGCUUCAGAAAAUUAUUGUAAUGCCAAACAUGGAUGAUGUGUGGCUGACUAUCAUGCACUCUGCCAUGGACCAACGAACUACUGCUGGACCUUCGGCUUGGUCUGCAGUGUCCCAAGAGCCUUUGCACCCGGAGAGGGAUGGCACCAGCUAGCCACAAAGACUGCCUGUUUACAAUACAGUAUUCCCAAAAAAUACAGAUACUUAAGUUGGGGCCAAAGUUGAUAUGAGAAAUAUACCCUCACGAUGUGAAUAAUUCUUACCCAACCAAUUCAAAAUGGAAACGAACAAGAUAUUUACCCAAAUACUGUCACUAAAGAGAAGGUGUGUGCUGCUCAGUUUUAUAGCAUUUGUCAUAUCUGUGAAGGAUUUUCAUGUAAGAAUGUAUUGGCGAUAGAAUGGCUUGGUUUAAGCCAGUAGGGUGCAAUGUGUGACCUCCUUAUUGUGCUACACGUACCUCCUUAUUGUGCUACACGUAUAGAAGCAUUCACCAGAUGUCUUAAGGCCCCAGAAAGAGAGCACAUAGUGUGUCAGUUGUCGAGAGUUAAUGAAGAUGUAAGCAGGUAAAAGCUCAGAUUGUUGCUGAUCAGGUGUUAACAGUAUUCAUUUCUGCUGUCACUACAACCUGAAUGCCACUUAUGCCAAUAUUGCCCUUUAUCCCUGUCUUUACAGAAAUGCUCAAUGGCAAAUCUUAUUUAGAAGAAAUAGAUUUGACUGUGUACAUUCCAUACAUGCGUGAACACAAGUGCAAUGAUAUAAAUGCUGCGUUGACUAAUGAAUGAUGUGGUAUAGAAGUCUAUCGAGAAGUUUUGUUUAACAGAUCUAUUGAAUGUAUGUGUGGACAGUUUUUGUUCUUAAUAUAAUGGAAGUGUCUACCUUUUUGAUUGAGGUAUGCACAAAGUAGAGUUUUCCUUUUCACAUUAUUGUGAUGAAAUGCAGUGUACAGUAUGUCUCAAUAAUUGUGGCGUAAUUAUCAUUUAUUUUUAAUGAACAUUUAAGUGUUGGAGGUAGAUUGAGUUAAACAACUUGAACAAAGAUCGUGCUUGCAAAGAGCCAUGUCAUUUAAGUUUGACCAUACUCUGAUGAUGCUAAGGUACUCAAUAGUAAAGCCUCUCUUGCCAAGAAUGUAUAGACUUAUAGGGCACCUUGCUGGGGGGGGGGAAAUAUCAUACUUCUGUUAACCAAAGUCCUCCGAUUCAGGCGGCAUACAGUGCCAGUCCUCUCUGCUAAAAGGUACACUCAUCCGUUGCGAUGUACUGUUAGUUACAAUUGCUACAACACAUUUACAGGAAUUAAAACUGCUUGUCCUUAUUGUAAGGAUACUAAUGGGCUGCAACAGAAUAGAUUUUGUGGUUAUUUACCCAUAUGCCUCAUAGCUUUUUGUUAAAUAUUUUUACAUGAGGUGGCAUGUGGCUUUUGUUUUUGUCUACUUUGGAAUAAAUGGAAUCGUGAUUUUUUUUUUUUUUUUGGGGUAUAUGAAGAUCACGGCGAUUUGUAUCUGUGAAUUAUUACUGACCUGUUAAAAAUGGAUGUGCAAUUUUUAAGCCAAAUUAAGUGAUUGUGUAUCUGCCUUGUUUAUGAAGCAAAAUCUGAAAUGAUUAAAAAAAUAAAGAGAAA